UUGUCUUCGAUGGAUUUCGAUAAUGAUUCCGACGAACAACAUAUUUACAACAUUGACAAAGGAAAAGGAAAAGAAGUCGAAACGCCAGAACCUGUAGAGGAGGAAAACAUUUUACCCGAAUCUGUUGAAGACACAGAAUCUAGCGAAGAAGAAGAAUCGACGGUCAUAUCACCUUCUAGGAGAGAAGAAGAGUUUAUACGAAAAGAUCGUUCUUUACUAGAUUUUCUUCGAAUAUUAGACGGCUUUGAACCUCUCAUUCCUGACCACGUAUCAGAAUACUAUCUCUCCAGAUCCGGAGCCUCCUGUGAUGAUAUUCGAGUAAUGCGUCUCAUGUCCUUAGCCGCCCAAAAAUUUGUUGCUGACAUUGCAACCGAUGCCUUCCAAUAUUGUAAAAUUCGACAACAAAGUAAAAAGAAUCUUGGAAAGCAACGUAACAAGACAGUCCUUAACCUAGAGGAUCUUGCUGCUGCACUUUCAGAAUAUGGUAUAAAUGUCAAGAAGCCUGAUUAUUACCGUGCUUAAGUCAUCUAUCAAAAACAUUAAUUUUUAUAAUAGUACACUCGAAUUUUUACAAUAUAAUAAGUGUAUUUAAAAAAUUUUGAAAGUUGUUAAAGCCUGUGAGAUUUAAUCUCAGUAACAUAUAACAAUAAAUUGGGUGCUGAAAAGCUUGUAGUUAAGAAAGUUAUUAUUGGUUUUAUAUACUUGCAAAUUUAAAGUGAGGGUUUUGUUUUAUAAGUUCAUCUAAAAUUUGAAGUAAUACUUGGGACAAUUUAUUUAAGGUUAAAAGGAAUUAAUUGUGAAAAAUAAACUAUCUAAACUUGUUAGUUUGGCUAUCAGUAUUCAAUUUAGAUUUAAA